GAAAUGUGAUGAACCAUGAUAUCAUUUGUUUCUCUUUCUAUCUUGCAGCUUUACUGUUUUGAGGACCGUGGAAACCGUCGAGUUGCAUUGAGGCCUGAGCUGACUCCUUCAUUGGCAAGACUUGUGAUACAGAAAGGAAAAUCUGUAUCUCUUCCAUUAAAAUGGUUUGCUAUUGGACAGUGCUGGCGUUACGAGAGAAUGACCAGGGGAAGACGCCGUGAACAUUACCAAUGGAAUAUGGAUAUAAUUGGUGUACCAGAUGUAAUGGCUGAAGCAGAGCUGAUAUCUUCAAUUAUUACCUUCUUCAAGCGCAUAGGCCUCACAGCAUCAGAUGUUGGGUUUAAGAUCUCCAGUAGAAAGGUCUUGCAAGAAGUGUUGAGGUGCUAUUCCGUCCCAGAAAACAUGUUUGGUAGAGUUUGCAUCAUUAUAGACAAGAUUGGAAAGAUUCCAAUGGAUGAUAUCAGGAAAGAUCUGCAGUCGGCUGAUAUGUCAGAGGUAGCUAUUGAAGAGCUAUUGCAAGUCCUGUCACUGAAGUCUUUGGCAAAGUUAGAAGAAAAACUUGGGGCCUCAGGAGAAGCACUAUCUGAUUUGAAGGAACUAUUCUCGCUUGCUGAAAAGUAUGGCUAUUCAGAGUGGCUUCAGUUUGAUGCAUCAAUUGUCCGUGGUUUGGCAUAUUACACUGGGAUUGUCUUUGAGGGAUUUGAUCGUGAAGGAAAGCUCCGGGCUAUCUGUGGUGGUGGACGAUAUGAUCGGCUAUUGUCUACCUUUGGAGGCGAUGAUCUUCCAGCUUGUGGAUUUGGAUUUGGUGAUGCUGUAAUAGUAGAACUGCUCAAGGAGAGGGGACUUCUACCACAACUUAACCUCCAAGUAGAGAACAUUGUCUGCUCCCUGGAUCAGGAACUUCAAGGUGCAGCAUCAGCAGUUGCCACUAUUCUCAGGGAAAAGGGGCAAAGCGUUGAUUUGGUUUUGGAGAACAAGCCACUUAAGUGGGUGUUCAAGCGAGCAGCACGGAUAAAUGCACGCAGAUUGAUUUUGGUUGGAAAUGCUGAAUGGCAAAAAGGUAUGGUUAAUGUUAAGACUCUUUCAACAGGUGAGCAAGUGGAGAUAAAAAUCGAUGAACUGGAGUAACGGAGCCUUGGUGUAUGAAAUAUCUUUUUUUCCAUUCUUUUGCAAUGAUGCAAGUUGCCUAUUUAGCUGUACUGUUUUUUUGGUAAUGGUGAAGUGAUGAAGUAUUAAAUUUUGUUGUUAUUUUUCUUAUCUUAGUGAAAGAAAACCCAUUUAUCCAAUUUUAA